AGUGAGCUAUUAUACUUACUCAGUGCUUCUACACUCUCAGCAUUUGCCACAACAUGUGUUGAUUUUGUGUUGCUAUUGUUUUUACACUGAAAUGAGUGUGAAGUACCUAGUCCUAGUCUAACAUAGCUUCUGAAACUGUUCACAGCAAUUCAGUAAUGGUGGGACAUAUCUAGAGCUGACUGUAGUAUUUUUAGCCUGCUACACAUUGUUAAAGAAUAAAUAGAUGCUGUUUUUUUUUUCUUGACUUGACUGGCAAUGCUGCUCAGUUAAAUUAAAUUUAAAUAGAUUUAAGCCCAAUGUUAUGGUCUAGAUCUACUAUUUUUAUAGUGCAAUUCAAUCUAUAGAUGCUACAUGUAUAUAUACAUUGAAAAUACCCCUAGAUUAGAUCAUUGAUUAGCCCUUAGUAUUCUUGAAACCGCAAUUGAAGCGCGGCACGGUCAGUGGGCACAACAUAAAAUAAAACGAGAAACCUCAUAGAAAAGGCCGUUGUUGUUGUUCUGAGGCUCUAGCCUCGGGACAGGAUCUGUUUAUUGGAACAUGGCCACUAGUCAAGGUGUUGAUGUAUUGAAGAGAUGUGGCUUUCCAGAAACAAAAUGGCAUGGGCUUGGACUCAGACUAGGACUAAAGAAGAGUACACUGGACGUCAUAGAAAAGAAUCAUCCUUAUGAUGUAUCUCGCUGUAUGACAGAGUGUCUCUCCCAAUGGCUAGGUAGAGUUUAUAAUGUUGACAGUAGAGGAGGAGCCAACUUGGACUCACUGUUAGAUGCUCUACGAUCUAUGAAUGAAACUGCUGUAGCUGAAGAGUUAAAACAUCAUGUUCUGAAAGAAAUUUUUAAUAGUUUUUAUGCUGUCCUGUCUCAGACUCUUUGUGAUCCUUUUCCUAUUGCCCAGUCACUUUCUGCUGAACAUAUGUUAACACAAGAAGCAUUUGAUAGAGUGUCGUCAGCUAAUUCCUUUAUUCUUAAUCAACGUGAGACUCUAUUAACUGCAGUCAGAGAAGCUAUUCAAACUGAUCCCAACAGUUUAUGUACAUUUGCUAAUGUAUUAUGUGAAAUAAGCAGUAAUAAACAACUAGGACAAGCUAUACUGGAUGAUAUUAGUAAGUAUCAUUAAUAAUCCUUACAAUUAUGCAUUGAAUAUGACCUACAUUUUUUAUAUGUGUAAUUAAAACUGUUUUAUUUCCCUAAUAUUAAAGUCAAGUUUGUUCCGGAGGCAAUUGAUUUACCACAAGGUAAUAAUUUAAUAAUAUAAUUUAGCAUGUAUUAAUUUUGGCAUAAUAAAUAUUGGCUAAUACUGAUAACCAAUCCAAUAUUGUCCUUCUACCUUUAAGGCACAUUUUUUCUACACACAUGCAAUGUGAUUAUUUAUGUAUACAUUAUAUACUUGUACCGUUAAAUACUUUUAUUUGUAAGUAUUUUUAGCGGAUUGGCCUUUACUAUAAAUGUACAUAUGGUGCAAGUUUGUAAUAAACAGCUAUAGUGAUCAAAUUAUGUGUAGGAAAAUUGAUGAUUUAGCUUGUUAUAUGAUAAAGUAAUGCUUCAAGCACUAUAGGAUAUACUGACAGCUGAUGAUAGAAAAUUAUGUCGGGUAAUUAUUAGUAAAAUUAAAAAUUUUCAAAAUAUAUUUUUAAAAAAUUGUCAGUGUUUGAGCACAGUGUAUAUAAGCGCAAGUGCACACAAUUAUUUUACAAUUUACAUUUUUUUUGCUUGAAGCAAUGUACUGUGUUCAUAUUUUUAUGGCCGCGAAUAAUUGCAGCCGCGAAUAUAUCCCGGCCUGAAAAAAUUCUAUUAUAUUCAAAAAACUUCUAAUUAGCAACCAUUAAUGUGCAAAAACUAUUUUAAUUGGUACUAUAAGGUGCACUUUGCAUGGAGUGUAAUGCAGGAAAUGAAGGAAGAACUAUAUUGCUAUAGAAAGUUUUGAAUUAAAUCUAAAGUUACAUGUAAGAAUUUUUUAUUUUGGUUGUAGCUUAAAUUUAUUCUGCCAGCAUAAGCAAGCACAGUAGGUAAUUCAUUAAAUAUAUGUAAACCAAUCACUAUGCAUUUUAUGAAUUGUAAAAAUUGAUCUUAUCUGAGCUAGCACUAAAAGAGCACUUUUGUAUCAUUUGUAUGGAUGUAAUCAAUCAUCAAGACUGUUUAAUUAAGUUUGUAUUUUAAUAAGGGCAUGUGAACUACUUGAAAUUUUUACAUACAAAAAUAUAGACCCGACCACAUUAUGAUGUCAUCAUUAUAAUAUCACAGCUGAUGCCGAAUUCAUUCUUUUCUAUAGGGCAAGGUUAUACAAAUUAAAUCUCUUUGUUUGCUAUUAUGCUGCAUGCAAUUUAUUUAUGUCUCAAUCCUCACAGUAGAUGCUUUAAAUAAGUGGUUAAAGGAAGGUAGUGUUGAUCUAACUGUUACUCGUGUUAACAUGCUUGGUACUCCUGGAUCUGGUAAAACCUCUGCCCAGCUCCUACUAUUAGAUGAAGACCCUCCAACUGAAGAAGUUACUGACAGCACACCAAUUGCUUGUCCUACUGUCAGAGCAAUAAGAGUAGCUGUAAAUGAUGAGAACAAAAAA